AUGUCAAGUGAUAAACAAAUUCCUGCUGUUGCUGAGGUUAAAAAUGGCAAGGAAUCUGAUAGUACAGAUACAACGAAUGAAGAUAAUGUGAAUAAAGUAAAUGAGGAUAAACAAGCUCCACAAUCGGAUGAACAAUUAACAACAAAAACAGAAGAAAAACAAGAAGAAAAUAAAACGGAAACAACAGCAGAUGCAAUAGAAAAAAACAAUGAUGAUGAAAAAAUAAGUAAUAAUAAUAAUAAUAAUAAUAAUAAACGUGAUAUUGAUGAAGUUGACAAAGAUGAUGAUAAUGAAAAAAAAAAUGGUCAAAAACAAGAUGAAGAUGAAGAAGCUAUUGUAUCAACAACAACAAAUAAAAAAAUUAAAAUUAUGGAUCCAUUAACAACUGAAAAUGGUGGUGAUUCGGAUGAAACAUCAUUAACAAGUGCAAAAGUACCAAAUGAAGAACUAACUGUUGUUUAA